AUGUCCGACAUGGAGGAUUUGGCCAAGUCAAGCGUGCAGGUCAACGCCUCGGAAAGCUACCAGCUGAACCCCACCAGCGUCAUCGUGUCGGUGGUCUUCUCGCUUAUCUUCCUGCUGGGCACGGUGGGCAACAGCCUGGUCCUGGCGGUGCUGCUGCGCAGCGGCCAGGUGGGCUACAACACCACCAACCUGUUCAUCCUCAACCUGAGCGUGGCCGACUUCUUCUUCAUCAUCUUCUGCGUGCCCUUCCAAGCCACCAUCUACUCGCUGGACGGAUGGGUCUUCGGCUCCUUCAUGUGCAAGGCCGUGCACUUCUUCAUCAACCUCACCAUGUACGCCAGCAGCUUCACGCUCGCCGCCGUCUCUGUGGACAGGUACUUGGCCAUCCGCUACCCGCUGCGCUCCAGAGAGCUGAGGACGCCGUGCAACGCGGUGGUCGCCAUGGUUAUCAUCUGGGGCCUGUCCUUGGUUUUCGCGGGCCCUUACCUGAGCUACUACGACCUGAUUGACUUCGCCAACAGCACGGUGUGUAUCCCCGGCUGGGAGGAGCGUGACCGCAAGGUGCUGGACACGUGCACUUUUCUCUUCGGUUACGUCAUCCCGGUGCUGAUCGUCAGCCUGUCGUACACGCGCACCAUCAAGUACCUGUGGACGGCCGUGGACCCCCUGGACGGCAUGUCGGAGUCCAAGAGGGCCAAGCGCAAAGUGACCAAGAUGAUCAUCAUCGUCACGGUGCUCUUCUGCAUCUGCUGGCUGCCCUACCACGUGGUCAUCCUGUGCUACCUGUACGGCGACUUCCCCUUCAACCAGGUGACCUACGCCUUCAGGCUGCUGUCGCACUGCAUGGCCUACGCCAACUCCUGCGUCAACCCCAUCGUCUACGCGCUCGUCUCCAAGCAUUUCCGCAAGGGCUUCAAGAAGGUGUUCAGCUGCAUCCUCAGCAAGAACGGUCGCAACAAGGUGCACGUGGUGCACGUGGCCAAUACCGUGCCGGGGUUCGAGGCGGCGUCCACGGAGGUGUCGCAGAUGAACGAGGAGAACGUGCGGCAGAACGAGUGCGAGAUGACAAAUAGACGGGCGAAGGAGCCCAGGGAGGCCACGGUGACCCUCAAUUUGCCCUUUCAGCACCCCACCUGACCAGCUGGAGGCUUUUGUCCGUCUUGAUGAGAAUAUGAAAAUCCCCCCAUGAGCCCCCCUUAAUUGGUGUGUGUUUUCAUCCCUUGGCGCGCCUCUG